AGCCUAGUUACAUGGAGGAGGAUCAUGACGAUGGCAAGCCAAAGGGCUGAGGCUGGCAAAGUUGCAGAGGUUCUAGAGGAGAGGGGUCGUCGAGAGACCCGUGGGGACGCUCAGAAGAAGAGAACGUCCAAGGCAUUGUCGCCAGCAUUGCGGGAUGCAUUUACAGCCUAUGGGGGGAGGCUGGUCAAGCUUGAGCUAGCCAUGGGUGAUGUCCAUGAGCAAUUAGACACUCUUGAUUCUCGGAUGGAGGAGCAAGAAGACAGGGGCGGCAGUGUCAAAAAGCUUGAAGGCAGCUCCAAGGCGGAGCUUAGUGAGGUCAAGGGGGGCCUAGCCUUGUGCAAGGCUGCCAUGGCCGCUAGCGUUGCAGUUGGUGGUGCACCCAACGUGGCACCCAAGCUGAAGGUGUUCAAGGGGGAGUUUUGUAAGCAAUUCUACCCCGAGAAUGCUAAAAAGGCGACCAUGAAGAAGCUUCGUGUGCUCAAGCAUAUGGGGUUGAUCAAGGACUACAUCAGGGAGUACAACUCCUUAAUGCUGGAGAUCCCCGAUAUGACUAAGAAGAAUCGGCUCCUCUACUUCAUAGAUGGGCUACAACGGUGGGCCAAGCAAAAGCUGAAGCACCGUGGCGUUCAAGACCUUGUGUCAGCCAUGGCGGUUGCCGAAUCACUUAUCGAGUUCAGCAAGGAACCUCCUAAGAGAGGCAAAGACAAAAAGGGUGGCUCGAGCAAAGGUGGGGGAGACAAACCGCACAAGGCCUCCAAGCCUUUCAAGGGCCCAAACAAGGCAGGUGAUGGCAGCAAGACGCAACUCAAAGUGAGGAAGGAUUGCUACCUCUGUGGCGGUCCGCACUGGGCAAGGGAGUGCCCGCGGCGGAACAAGCUUAAUGCCAUCAUCUUAGCGAUUGGGGAGCCAUCCCAAGCAGGGGAGACACGUUUGAGAGCGAUGCAAGUCCUCAACGCCAUACGGGCUAAGGUGCAAAGCGAGGGUGACGCCAAGGCCCUUGCCACGGCAGAACAGAAGGGUGUCGAGAAGCUAGGUCUACCAUACAACAAGGAACCAGGAUGGGUGAAGGUGGUCGACAAUCCUUCUCAACCCAUCUGUGGCGUGGCACGCGAAGAGCCCGUGCAGAUAGGCUCAUGGUCGAGGAAGGUUGACUUGAACGUCAUAACCAUGAGCGACUUCAAGCUGGUGUUGGGUGGACAAGAACGAGAGUCACAAGGUGCCCCUGGAGCGGUUACCCGCUGGAGACCGCGUCCUAUUGGCUAUACAAAAGUUCAAGGCAUUCUCCACAAGUUCGAAGAUGUGAUGCCCUCGGAGUUGCCAAAGAAACUUCCACCACGGAGGGAGGUCGACCAUGCCAUUGAGUUGGAGCCUGGUUCGAAACCGCUAGCAAUGGGUCCAUACCGCAUGGCUCCACCUGAGUUGGAGGAACUCCAGAAGCAACUCAAAGAGCUACUAGAUGAGGGGUUCAUUCGUCCCUCUAAAGCACCCUAUGAAGCGCCAGUGCUGUUCCAGAAGAAGCAUGACGGGACCCUCCGCAUGUGCAUCGACUAUUGGGCACUCAACAAGAUCACGGUGAAGAACAAAUACCCUAUUCCUUUGAUAGAUGACCUGUUUGACAAGCUUGGGAAGGCACGAUGGUUCUCCAAGCUCGACUUGAGGUCGAGGUAUUGGCAAGUGAGAAUAGCCGAAGGGGAUGAGGUAAAGACCAUCUGUGUGACGCAUUACGGUGCAUAUGAGUUCUUGAUGAUGCCUUUCAGCCUCACAAAUGCUUCAGCUACUUUCUACACAUUGAUGAACAAAGUUGUUCACCCAUUCCUUGACCAAUUCGUGGUGGUCUACUUGGGCGACAUUGUUGUCUACAACGAGACAUUAGAGGAGCAUGUGCAGCAUCUUCGACAAGUUUUCCAAGUGUUGCGCAAGAAUGAGCUCUAUGUGAAACUGGAGAAAUGCUCAUUUGCACAACAAGAGGUGUUGUUCCUAGGCCAUUGGGUAGGCCAUGGGAAGAUAUCGAUGGACUCUGCCAAGGUGCAUGCCAUCCAGGAGUGGGAGCCUCCCAGCUCAGUCCCCGAGCUGCGAUCAGUCCUUGGCCUACAAGCGGUGAGCCAAGAACUAGUGCUCGCAUUGUACGACUAUGGGAGGCCUUUCGAGAUGCACACUGACGCAUUUGACUUGGCGAUCGAAGGAGUCUUGAUGCAAGACGGCCAUCCCAUAGCGUUCGAGAGCCGCAAGCUCAAUGACACGGAGAGGCGAUACUCGGUGCAUGACAAGGAGAUGAACCCCAUCGUCCAUUGCUUGCGGGUAUGGCAUCAUUACUUGCUUGGGAGCAGGUUCGUGAUUAAGACUAAUAAUGUAGCUACGAGCUACUUCCAAAGGCAGAAGAAGCUCACGCCUAAGCAAGUAAGAUGGCAAGACUUAUUGACCGAAUUCAACUAUGUGAUGGAGUACAAGCCUAGGCGAGCUAACGUUGUGGCAGACACGCUAAGCCGCAAGGCUACGUUCACCUCCAUCAGUCGACCUGAGAGUGACAUAUUGGAUCGUGUCAAGGAGGGCCUGGCACAUGAUCCCUUCGCCAAGAGUCUUAUGGAGCUGGCUCAUGAGAGUUUACGACGGGAGCUAAUGAAGGAGUGCCACGACUCGAAGUGGGCUGGACAUCCAGGAAUCAAGCGCACCAUGGCACUGAUGGAAGAAUUAUAUUAUUGGCCAAAGAUGCGGGAUGAUGUUGAGGCCUAUGUAAGGACAUGUCUAGUGUGCCAGCAAGACAAAAUUAAGCAGCAGCAACCUGGGGGCCUCUUGGAGCCCCUGCCAACCCCAGAAUGCCCAUGGGAGUGCGUCACCAUGGACUUCUUCUCAGCUCUCCCACAGUCUGAAGGGUACGGGUCUAUACUGGUCGUAGUUGAUCGAUUCUCGAAGCAUGGAACCUUUAUCCUAGCCCCACGGGAUGGCAAGGCAGAGGAAGCAGCAUGCUUAUUUUUCAAGCACGUGGUGAAGUAUUGGGGGCUUCCUCGCAUCAUCAUUAGCGAUCCAAAUCCGAGGUUCACGAGGAAGUUUUGGAGGGAACUCUUUAAGCUCAUGGGAUCAAACUUCCACUUCUCUACGAGCUUUCAUCCGCAGACGGACAGGCAAACGAAGCGAGUGAACACACUACUAGAGCUAUAUUUCCGGCAUUUUAUGAGUGCCAAUCAACAUGAUUGGGCAAAGUUGUUAGACGUGGCGCAAUUUUCCUACAAUCUGCAGUGGAGUAAGGCCACCCAACAAAGCCCCUUUGAGAUCAUGACAAGCCAACAACCGUUGCCACCUCACUAUGUGACACGAGGUUACAUUGGUGUAAGUCCUGCUGCAUAUAACUGGGCAAAAGAUUGGCAGGAGCAGCUGGAUGUGGCUAAAGUUUACUUGGAUCAGGCCUCCAAAAAGAUGAAGAAGUGGGCAGACCAAGAGCGACGACCGUUGGAAUUCUAAGUGGGUGACCUUGUGAUGGUGAAGCUACUAGUCCAGCAGUUUAAAGCCUAUCGACAGGUCCACAAGGGGCUGGUGCGUCGAUAUGAGGGACCCUAUUCGAUUCUU